UUUAAGAUAGUUAUUGCUAUGUAUUUUGUGCUAAUAAAUGCUUUUUGUUUCUUCUUCUUUCUUUCUUCAGUAUAUCGGCCUAGUCGAGAACGAGAGCAACUGGUACCAGAACACAGAAAUUCGAUGGCCCGCUCUCGGCCGAGGUUACAACACCGGUGUCAUGUUGCUUGACCUGCACAAAAUACGGACCACCACAGACUGGACAACUCUAUGGCAGAACGCGGUCAACGAUAAUAUAGACCGACUGAAGACCACAGCGCUGGCUGACCAAGAUGUGAUAAAUGCUAUGAUCAAGAAAACGCCAAAGAUAGUUUAUAAUAUUAGUUGCCAUUAUAAUGUACAGAUGUCGACGCAGACGCUAGCGAAGAGCUGUUAUAGGGAAGAUGUAAAUAAUAUUAAGAUAAUCCACUGGAACUCCCCAAAGAAGCACAACGUUAACAUCCCCGAUGUGGAAUACUUCCGAAGCAUCUACCUUUCUUACGUCAACUUCGAUGGUAACCUGCUUCGAGAGAAGUUGCAUCGAUGUGACCACGCGGAAGCAGUCACCGUGAAGACUGCGACCCCAAGCAAAUGUAUGAAGUUCCGCGCAGCACAGAACAUAAAAUUGCGCACACAUUUGUACUACAUGGACUAUAGUUACACGAACGUGGAUAAUUUCGACGUGACUCUAGUGUUGCAGUUGUCUAUGGACCGACUGCAGUUCUUGGAGAGACUUGUUAAGCAUUGGGAAGGUCCUCUGAGCGCGGCUAUAUAUUUGUCGGACUGCGAAGUGGGAGUCCUAGAAAGUUUCAUCAAGGAUUUCUCCGACACGCUUAGUGUUAGGAAAAAUAUCGGAUACCAUCUAGUGUUCAAACACGAGUCGACGCACUACCCAGUGAACUACCUUCGCAACGUGGCGUUGGAAAACGUGAACACUCCUUAUGUGUUUCUGAUGGACGUGGAUUUCGUGCCCAUGGCCGGGCUCUACGACCAUCUGCGCUCCGUCAUCAAGCUUGUCAACCCCUAUCCGCAGAAAAUGUGUCUAGUAGUAGCCGCGUUCGAAACGCGUCGCUACCGCCUCUCGCCUCCGCGUAACAAGACUUCGCUCCUAGCGCGCCUCACCGCACGGCGCGGCGCCGACGUCGCGCCUUUCCGCGCCUUAGAGUGGCCGCCGGGACACCGCGCGACCAAUUAUAGUCGCUGGGCUGUCGCUACUCAACCCUAUCAGGUGGAUUGGGAGAAUCAUUACGAACCGUACAUUGUGGUGCAUCGUUCCGUGCCUAAGUACGACACGCGGUUUUCCGGCUUUGGGUGGAAUAAAGUAUCACAUAGCGUCGAGUUACGCGCUUUGGGAUACAAGGUGGUAGUACUACCAGGAGCGUUCGUCGUGCACACUCCUCACGCCCCCUCCCCCGCCAUUACUGCCUUCAGGACCAACAAGGAGUACCGACAUUGCCUGGCGCUACUCAAGCUAGAAUUCAUGGAGGACCUGCGCCGUAAGUACAACGUGACGCUUGAAGACAGCAUGCUCCACCUCGGCAAGGAGCCUAUAAAACUGAGGGAUAAAGACUAGGGGAGUCCACCAGAGCGCUACCGAACAAUACUCUUUUGAUAUUUUUUAACCAACAAAAAAAUUAAUAAGAGUAGCGGUGUUAGUAAUGCUCUGGUGGACCAUUUGAUAUCAAAUUUACCAGUAGGUAAUAUAAUUCCCGAAAGUACUGCGCAGUUAAUAUGAUAAUAUUUUAUUAAAAAAAAAACUGUUUACUAUAAAUAACAAAUUUGACCUUCGCCAUGUUACAGAAUGUCACUGGUACUUUGGUGGUACUAAUUAAUUUUACUGGCAAGGACACUCUUUGGUGACAGACGCUGAAAGUCACAAAAUGUCACUGAUGUAAACAAGAUUUUGUAGUUAAAAACGAUUUUGUCACAAAUGCUAAUGAUUGAAAAAUUCAAGAACACAUGUUUGAUGCCUAACUUUUACCUACAUAAAAAGAACAAACCUUUGCAAUAUAGUCCAAUAGGAAUAAAUUUCACCUAGUUAGAUUAUGUAUAUACCUAGAUAUUUUUCUUGCACGAACGUCAAGAUGUUAGUGCUUGACAAAAUAAAAACAUCGACCAUCCUUUUAUCGAUAAAUAGCCUUACAUAAGGUUAUUAAUUAUCCCUAAU